GCGGGAUCCAACAGACAGGCCCUGGCCUGCUUCUUCUAUUCUGUGAAUCGACCACAGCCUACAAGAGGGAUAUAGAUGGCCAGCAUCGGCUUUCACUCUUUUGAAAUACUUCCUGGCCGGCACCCAUGGCGAUUGAAAGCAGACGGUCACCCACGGGGCCACAGAAAGCAAAGUGCUGGGACUUCUAGAACCUUUGUCGAUCUGUUUUCUCUCACCGAGAUUAGGCCAUUCACCUCACUUCUUGCACUGUGGCGGCCAUAUUCUCGCCAAGCAAUGCGAUAGUCAGGGCCGAAGUUAAAGACAGGCUGAGAAAUCACUCACCCACCCCACUUGGUGCGCUGCUUGGGAUCUGAUUACGCCGAAAUGAAUCCGAU